GAACAGAGCCACACAGACGUAGUGUAGGGUGGCCGUCACGAUGGGGUACUGUAGUGGAGCAUUGUUUAUACUUAUUGUGCUGCUGCAGUUCCGCGGAAACAUAUCUUCAGCUAGCAUCUGCUACGAGCGUCAGUACUCGUACUACUACGGAUAUUACUACUACAAUUACUAUGACUACUGUUCAUACGGUUGCUGUGGUUACACUACCUCCCGUUUCUGUUGUUACUCGUCCUACUCGUACGACAACACAUACUACAAAAAUAAAGAUUCAUGGACAAGUGUAGUCGUUGGAUCUACUGUCGGAAGUGUGGUCUUCUUUAUAGUGAUGGUUAUUGGGAUCUGUUGUUGCUGCAAGCAUACAAACAAAAACAAAGUAGGCCGUGUCAUGGUAGCCCCCGCACCAACUGGGCAACAGGGUGUUGCUAUAGUGAGCGAUAAUAUGAACAUACCCAUGCAACAGCAGAUACCAGGACAGACUUAUGGCUACCUACCACAGGGUUACCAGGCGCCCCAGGCCUACCCACCACAGGCCUACCCACCACAGGCCUUCCCACCGCAGGCCUUUACUCCGCAGGCCUACCCUCCUCCAGUCCAUCACCCGACUGUACCAGUAGUACAACCAGGGAAUUCAACGGAGCCUAUUGCACAAUCGAGCAACAUUCCAUCUGCUUGGAACAGCGCCGGACCAGCAACAACCCAAGAAAAUCCCUAAAGUACUGGCCAUGUGCAUUGGUUACCGCUCUGAUGAGUGCACUUGGAAUGUCCCCGGACUGCAUUAUAUCUUUUCCCCAACCGCAACACACAGAACAUACGUAACUAUAGCUAUAAAACUUGUUAUAUUUUCAAGGCUUAAUAUUUCAGUAAAUCAUUCAGAUUUCGUGAUAUAUCAACUUUUAGGUUAUUAAGAAGGAUACAUAUUUCUAACGUUUUAUCAUAGAAGUAGGCACUAGGUAAGUGUGUGUGUGUGUGUGUUCUUGUUCUUUUCGCUGCUUCCAAUCAUCAGGAACGAGUCAAUCAACUGUAUACUUUAAAGAAAGAAAUUAAGAUUUCAUUACCUAUGGAUACAGUUGAUGGAGGAUAAAAUAUGUUUUUAACUGAUAAAGUUGUAUACCAAUUUCUUGGGCGGCUUUACCACAAAUGUACCUUUUUGAGUAAAAUGACGUUUGAUUUUAACAGUAUCCAAUGUAUGUAGCUUUGAUACAUUUCUGGAGUUUUUGUAUUUGUUACAGUACCAUAACUAUAUAGAUUUGAUACAGAGUCUUAUAUUUGUAGAUGAGUUACAGUAUCCAUUGUGUAUUGUUUCUUUUGUCCUCCUAAACAUAUUUCCCUUUCUUUUUCAUUAUCAAUCAUUAGCUCUCAACUUUUACACAAUUUAAAUGGACUUUUCCUUUUUGUCGUUAUGCCAGUUAUUUAUUUAUUUUCCGACGUCGCUGCCAUCAUGUACACAAUGCGGCAUAUCAAAACGUAAUUUUACAAGUAAGAACAUAAUAUGUGUUUCUAAGAACGUUAUUUUAACUUGUUAAAUUAAAUUGGGAAUCGUUAAUUCUGCACCAAAUUAGUCAGGCUGUUGUUAUUUUUUUUUGCGGCACAUUCAGCUUAGGAUUACAUACACAUCAGUGUCUCAGCUGACAGCUUGAUCAACAUAACUCAUUAAACUGUUGGGUAAAACUAGCACUAUCAGAAACAGAACUAUGUAAAAUGUAUCCAAUUAGUUAUACCGGCUAUAUUUAUUCAUUAAUUGUUCUUGAUUAUUGAAGUUUUCAUGGACUUUAUGUCUUGUAGAUAGAUAGUAAUCAGUUUUAGAAUUAUUUUGAUAUUUUGACUCAUUGUGUACUCAAUAACGGAACUUAUAUUACAUAGAACAUUAUUAUGAGGGUUCGUAUCCAUUCCUUUUGUUUUAAUAUGAA